AUGAGGCUGGCUCCGCCCGGAGAAAAAACCAAGCCUUCAAAUCCAAAGCCCGAGAAAGACAACAAAAGAAAAAGGGUCACGAAACCCAAAGACCCCCAAAAUAAGAAAACCUCCACUCGAAGGCUGCAGAAAAGGUUUUCUCAAAUGGGCACAGACUCGGCCCAUGACUCCGCGGGUGGAGAAGAAAAUAAUGAUGAAGAGUCAGCGCUGGCCGUUGCAAUGUUUAGAGAUGAACUGAGCCAAUGUGAGGCCGAGCUCAAGAAGGUUUCAGACGAAGAGAAGGCCUUGAGGCUCCUCUGUAGCGCCAGAAAGAAUAGGAGCUUAAGGAUCUCUGAAAAACAUUGGCUAAAGCUCAAAAAACUGCAACGAAAGCUUUAUAUCAUUGGGCAACUCCGAGGCGAGGUAGAUCGAGUUCGGGCUAAUUGUCAUCAGUGGAAGAAGAACAUGGAUCAACUUGCCGCCGAAAAGGAAGCUGUUACGGCCCAACUAGCCUCGGCUGAAGCUCAGCUCCGAAGCGUUGAAGCGAAGGGUUUGGCUCAGGCCAGGAAAAUCGAGGUGUUGGAGGCCGAGCUGGCUAAAGCCCGGGCUGAAGCUGCACAGGCUAAUUCUGAAGCUGUACAGCCUAAGGCCGAAGCUGAGAAGACGAAGGCUGCGAUCGAUAAAUCCAUUGCCAUAUACAUAAGGGAAGCCGCGGCCGUUCAUGUUGAGUUGAAGGAGGCCUCCGACCGGGGGUUUCUUGUCUCCUCCGAUGACGAGGAUGUGGUGAGUGGCUCUGGGGAUGAGAAAGGUGAAGAAGAUGCUCCCGAAGGGGAAGAGACUCCUGAAAACAAAGCCACUAAAGAUGAAGAGGACACUCCGGGUGGCGUGGCCCCGAAAAUAGAUUAG